UCAAGAUUCAAUGGGUUUGCACCGUGUCGAAAAUCCAAGCGCAAUUAACCCCGCGGUCUCCCUGCAUCUGUACUCACCGCCGUUCUCGUCGUGCUCGGUCUUCAACAAGCAGACCGGGCAAAAAUCUACGUGUACGGUCACAUUCUGGUCCAAGUACGGGGAAAGAAGGAACCGGCAAAUUCAAGACGCCAGAUCUCCCGAGGAUAAUUAAUCCGAACAAGGCAAUAAUACCAAUAAUAACAAUAAGUGUCGCAAAUUAAGUGUCAACGAUGUUUUAAUCGAGUGGAAAACAAUUUGCAUCAUCUCAGAUUGGACCUUGGUUGCUCAAAUUAAGCUUUGUAAAUUUUAUAAAUUAAGACAAACGGUCUUUAACAAUUGUGCUAUUAUUAUUGUCGAAUUUUCGUCGUGUAAUGUUUUUAUUUUAUAAGUACUUAAAUCUAUAUGUAUAAGGACCU